GGGGUUCGAGCGGGGAGGGGAGCCCCCAGUUCCCCUCUCUCCUCCCCCCCCCGGCUGGGGCGCUGAGACACCCCUCCUGUGCCCCCUGCCUUCUGCUGCCUCCAUGUGCCUUGGCUGGGGGGGAGCAGAGCGCUGGGGUAGAUGACGAGCUGUCUGAAGAAUAGAAUGAUGAAGAAAAGAUUGCUACUUCUCUCUCGGUUGUGUUUUUCACUCUCAUUGCUAAAACUUUGUGAUGGAGCCAUCAUGCUAUCUGUCCCUGAAGUGGUUUCAUUAGAAAAUGGUAGCUUGACAAAUGUCACCAUGAUUCUAAGUGCCCCAUUAAAUGAGACAUUGGUGAUAACAUUUAAUGUUACAUAUUCGUCAAAAAAUGGAACCAUUGUUGAACUACCUGAUCAAGUAAUAUUGCCUACAGGUCUAAAUAAUUCUAGCUUUCAAGUGAAAGCUAAAGAUGUUGGACAAGUUACAGUUUAUCUUCAUGCCAGUAAUUCCAACCAAACUGGUCCCCGGAUUCGAUUCCAAGUGAUUCAUAGUAACAUAGUGAGGAUUAUAGACCAGGUGACUGGCUGGAUCUAUUUCUUUGCCUGGUCGAUCUCCUUCUACCCUCAGGUUUUUGAAAACUGGCGACGAAAAAGUGUUGUUGGACUAAGCUUUGACUACGUAGCAUUAAACCUCACUGGUUUCAUAGCAUACAGUGUAUUUAAUGUAGGACUUUUCUGGAUAGCCUACGUCAAGGAGCAGUUCCUACGCCAGUAUCCCAAUGGAGUGAACCCUGUGGACAGCAAUGAUGUUUUCUUCAGUCUCCAUGCAGUAGCUUUAACUCUCUUUCUAAUAUUUCAGUGCUGUAUAUAUGAGAGAGCUAGUCAAAGAGUGUCCAGAGUUGCUAUUGGGCUGCUUGUGAUUGCAUGGAUCUUCACAUUUACCACCCUGUCUGUGGCUGCAGCUGGAGAAAUCACAUGGCUACAGUUCUUAUUUUUCUUUUCUUACAUUAAACUGGGAAUCACACUGAUAAAAUACUUUCCACAGGCAUACAUGAAUUUUCAGCGGAAGAGUACUGAAGGGUGGAGCAUUGGAAAUGUGUUACUAGAUUUUACUGGUGGAAGCUUCAGCCUCCUUCAGAUGUUUUUGCAGUCUUACAACAAUGAUGAAUGGAAAUUAAUCUUUGGAGAUCCAACUAAGUUUGGACUGGGCCUCUUCUCCAUCAUCUUUGACAUAGUCUUUAUCAUCCAGCAUUACUGUCUAUAUAGAACACGGGGAUAUGAGUCUUUGGACUAGGGCCCCACCCUGAAUAGACACAACAGUACGGAUUUAUUAGCCUUGCCUCUCUACUGGCUGAGGGAUUUCCAGACUACUCACCAGGUACCAGCGUGACUAGUUCGAGAGUCAUGCUGUUGUUUAUAAUUCCUCUUCGGUAUGGGACUGCAGUGAACUUUUUUUUGCUUAAUGCCAAAUGCCUUAAUGGAUAUUCCAUUAUCCUACUCCUUGCAGCUGGAAAAGAUUGGCAACCCUGGCAGCUAAUUCUGGGCCAGCCUGUCUUGAGCUGGCCUAGUAAUAUGUGGCUAUCUUUGACCAAUACAGCAUUCUGUGGGGGGUGGGGGUGGGGGGGGCAAGGAAAGAGCUGGGCUUCCUUCAGCUGAACACAAUUGAAGAGUGAAAAAUCCAACCAGGUAACUUUUUAAAGUAGUGACCAAGAAACAGGUUUUUGUGGAGUGGACAGUAGAAUUUAACUGUGCUGCUGCCUUCAUCAUCUUCUCCCAAACCAAGUUGUAAGUGGAAAGCAGUGGCUCAAGAAGAGACUACUUGGUAACAACAGAUACUUACUGUUACAUGUAGGUACAAUGAGUUAAUGAAGUCACUAACCAAAAAUCAUGAAGACCAGACCAGCACUAAUCAGACUUAAUAUCACAGCACGUUCCUAUGACAGUGUCAAGAGCUAUACUUAAACACUUAAAAAAAUGACUUUUAAUGUGAUCUCUGCAAGUGUAUACCACCAAGCACUUUCAGUAAAGGUACUAAAUCUAGUGCCAAAUUUCUGAAUAUUUACUGCACUAAGUUAAGUUAUUCACAUUUGGUUCCAUUAAAGUGCCUAGUCUGUGCUGUUGAACAAUUUAUAUUAUAUUUAAGUCUGAUAUUGUUGUUCAAUUGCCUAAUGAUUAAAACUUGUAUUCGU